CAACAGGAGACUGGAAGAGAUUUUGAAAGGUCAUCUCGUCCUUCCCCCAGCCUCCUAGCAGGACUGCCCCUCCCACCCUAGACCCGGACAUACCAGGGAAGGAGUUGGCUCUGCCGCUGUUUCUGCCCCAACAUGCACAGACUCGGAGAAGUUCUUCCUGGGGUUUUAUCUCAAAGCCUCUCCCUUACAAUUUCUGUCUCUUUUUGGGGAGGAGGAGGGGCGAUUAUAGAGAUAGUUAAUGUCUGCCGUAUAAGAAACAUUAUUAAAGUUACUCUUCCGUCCUUUCUGUUCUUGAUAAACAAUUCUCGUUCUUCUCUCUCGAAUUCUAUUUUCCAUUCUUUAAGACACUUAAAUGGCUCUUCAAAACAACAAAUAUUUACUGAGUGCUUACCAAGUACCCGGCACUGUGCUCAGAGCUGUGGGGGAUGCCCAGAUGAGGGGGAUGCGAUAUGUUUCCUUGAGGAGACUGUAGUCUGGGCGAUGGCUACAAACUUGCAAGUAGUAUAUUCAGAUUUGGUCAAUAUUUACAGAAUGCCUGUUCACGUAUUUAAUAGUAUAGAAUCCUUAACAAUAACGUUCAAAUAUAAUUAGUUCUCAUUUGCAGGUAAGAAAAAUGAGGCUCAAGGAGUUUCUUUCCCCACUGGCCUGCAAGUUUAAAGAUCCUCAUUGCAAGCCCAACAUCUCACAUCACCAUUAAAUAAAAUUAAUUCAUACGGGGAUUGAAGAGGUAGAAAUAGACAACAGUUCUCUAGAUUCCUUUAAAAUGUGAUUCCCACUUCCCAAGAAAGAAAAAUAGAUACAGUGUUCCAAGGAUAUUGGCCCAGCACUGAGUAGGGCAGGAAUGGCUUAUAAAGAAGGCCAUGUGCUUCCCAGGAUCCUGUCCAAGGAACUACCUGCCAGGGUUCUUCUGGCUCAGUUUCUCCUAUCAUCAAUAAUAAUGAUAAUAGCUACUAAGGAUUAUGAAUACAUAUGUGUUAGGUGUUGGGUUAAGCUAGCUAAUAUGCAUUUUCUCUUCUAAUGCUCAAGGCAACCCCUUGAAAUUGGUAUUAACUUCCCUUUAUAGAUAAGGAAACAGAUUAAGCAACUUGUUCAAGGUCAUCCAGGUGGAUCUGGGACUGGUUCUCUCCAGACCUCAGGCUGUGUGCCAAGAUGGGCCUUUCCUAUCUUUGAGUUGUAUAUAUUCAGGCCCAGCUUUUUCUGCUGUACAAAUAAAUAUCCCCAUCUUAGGUUCUUUAGUAAGUCCUCAGGCACAUCAGUAUGACCUCAUCAGCAUCGUUAAUGGUUAUUAACCAUUCACCCUGAAUCAACAACCUUUCACAGCACGGUCUCGUUGUUACCUUCCUUUUAUCAGUGAACAAACUGAGGUUGAAAUAGGUAAAAUAAUGUCACAAGAAUAUGUCCAAGGUCACACAGCUGGUAAACUUGCAGAACUGAGUCUAGCCCAGGCUUCAAGGUACCUAUUCUUUCAGAAAUAUUGUUUUAAUAGUACCUUUCCCAAGAAAGGUACACGAGACUUGGGGAACAUCUACAUAUGUCUAAGUGCAGCUUAUCACUGAGUCAAAACCAAUCCCCUACUAAAAACAGUGCUCUCCAUCCACUUAGCGUCCAAUUCAGAGUAAAACUUUCAAGAAAUUACAAAGAGAAAAGAGAGAGACAGGAAAGUUAGGAGAAAUAAAACUUAACCUGGGUUAGGGACAAAGCUGUAAGUGGUAAUAAGCAGUCCAAAGAGUAAUAUGGAAUCUUACUAGGGCAGAGUAAGUUAUUUGAUGAAGAAACCAAAGAAAGAAAAAAAGAUGAUGGAAUAUAGGGAAAUUGAGAUCCAGGAUUGAAAGUAUCCAAAGGGAUGUGGUGAGUGAAUGAAUCCAAAAGAGGAAACCAGAUGGGCAGAAAUGGGAGCAAUAGAAAUAGUAACAAAAUGAGAUAGGGCUGAGUAUCUUGUGAACUAAGGUUGGUGUCUACCCAGGGCCACUCCCUAGAUCCUUAGGCCCUUACUGGGACCUUUGCCCAACCACAGCCCAGCUGUGUCAGCCUUUCUCAGACAGGACAAGUUUUUCAUCUGCUCUGAAAUACUAGGCCCCCAAAGAGUCCCAGGACCCAUCUGAGUCCCAUCCCUUUGGAGUAGCUGCUUCAAACUAGGUAGGUGUAAGGUCCUGGGCCUUAAUUCCCUUAAUUUUGGUAGUGGGUAGAGGGGUAACUGGGAGAGAUAUAGCAUGUCCUAUCUCCUGAAAGACAAGCCCAUAAUGAAUUUUUCCAACCUAGGAAGCACCCAGCUCUUGUGGUCAAGGGAAUGAUGGAGGAUGGAGCCAAUCUGCAAGAGCAGGAGAGACCCAGCCUUCGUCUGGAAAAGCUACAGCACUGGGCAAGGCACAAGCAAAAUGGACAGCUUUUGGUGCUGGCGGUGAGGCCAGGCUGUCCCACCCAGGUGACCCAGAUAUGGCUGGCAAUAGCUGUGGUACCCUUUGCUGUCUCAGUCGCCUGCCUGAACUCUGCUUGUCACAUGGCCACAGCACUGCCACUUGGGUCUGGAGUCUCAGGUCUCCUAACUGGGACUGUCACCCUUGAGCUUCGCAGAGCACCCCGCCUCUGGAAGGUACGGGCCAUGAUGAUAUUCAACACCUUCAACCUGAUCUUGGGCUUCAUUGCGGUGGUGGUCGAGGUGAUGAAGACAGCUUUGGGGCCUUCUCCGACAGCUUCCUCCCAGCUGGUGGGCUUGCUGGUGCUGGAGCUCAGCGCUGAGGUCUUCACCCUAGGGGGUGUGCUGUCCUCCACAUAUGCCCUAUUCUUGCUGAGCCAAAGGAAGCCAGGAUGCUUCAGGAGCCAGAAUCUGCACUACCAGGAACUGCAAGAGGGCCUCUCUGAGGUCGAAGAGGUUCCUGGUUUGGAAAAUGGUACUAUGGUGGCCAGCACAGGAAACCGAAAUGAGUGAACUGCGAGAGCAGGGGGAGGCAGACAGGAUCUACAGCCCUUCUCUCCUGAGGGAGCACCCUCCAGAUUGCCCUGCAUGCCACCCCAGCAAACUCAGAAGGUAGCAUGAGGUCUAGUGGAGUUCUUUCUUGUCCCUUCCCCACUAGAUGAAGAUAUACCUGGACCUGGGUCCUCCAUCUCACUUCACCUCCCUGUAAAGGGGCUUCCUCCCUUCCAUCCUUGCCUUCCUCUCCCCACUGCUUCUUUCUUAGAUUCUGGUCUGGUCCACUCUAACAGAGCCUACAAGUCCCAGGAUGCCCCGCUACCCCGUGACCUUCUGGGAAAUAAAGAGCCUUCCCUCCGCGA